GCUGUGCGCUCGCCGCUCCUGCUGCCAUCGCCGCCCGCCGCCCGGAAGGUCUCUGCCCCGCUGAUGGGUCCGGCCAGGAUGAGGCCGCGGCCGCCUUGGGGGCUUCUCCUGCUGGGCUUGCUGCUGCUGCUGCCCGCCGCCGCGGGGUCGGAAGAGGCGCCGCCGGAGCACACGAGCGAGGGCUUCCAGAUCGUCACCUUCAAGUGGCAUCACGUGCAGGCGCCCUACAUCAUCGUCCUGUGGAUUUUCGUCGCCAGCGUGGCCAAGAUUUUUUUCCACCUGUCCCAUAAAGUCACCAGUGUGGUUCCAGAAAGUGUCUUGCUCAUUGCGCUGGGCAUUAUCCUGGGAGGCAUUGUGUUUGCAGCAGAUCAUAUUGCCUCCUUCACCCUUACGCCAGACGUCUUUUUCUUCUACCUGCUGCCACCCAUCGUCUUAGAUGCAGGAUACUUCAUGCCAAACCGACUCUUCUUUGGCAACCUGGGCACCAUCCUCCUGUAUGCUGUCAUCGGGACCAUCUGGAAUACUGUCACCACAGGCCUUUCGCUCUACGGGGUCUUUCUCACAGGAAUAAUGGGUGACCUUCAAACUGGUUGGUUGGAUUUCCUCUUGUUUGGUAGUCUAAUAGCUGCAGUGGAUCCUGUUGCCGUGUUGGCUGUAUUUGAAGAAGUCCAUGUCAAUGAAGUCCUCUUCAUCAUUGUCUUUGGAGAGUCGUUGCUUAAUGAUGCCGUAACUGUGGUGCUAUACAAUGUGUUUGAAUCAUUUGUUAAAAUAGGAACUGACAAUGUGGUUGCCACCGACUGGGUCUAUGGUGUAGUGUCUUUCUUUGUGGUGAGCCUUGGAGGUACUUUGGUCGGUGUUGUCUUUGCAUUCCUGCUCUCGCUUAUCACUCGUUUCACAAAGCAUGUCAGAAUAAUUGAGCCCGGAUUCGUGUUUGUUGUCUCCUACUUGUCUUACUUGACAGCUGAGAUGCUGUCACUUUCUGCCAUCCUUGCUAUAACUUUCUGUGGUAUCUGCUGUCAGAAAUAUGUCAAGGCAAAUAUUUCAGAGCAGUCUUCUACCACUGUGAAAUACACCAUGAAGAUGUUGGCGAGUGGCGCAGAGACUAUUAUUUUCAUGUUCCUGGGAAUUUCAGCUGUUGAUCCUAACAUCUGGACUUGGAACACAGCCUUCAUACUCUUGACGCUGGUCUUCAUCUCUGUCUACAGAGUAAUUGGUGUAAUUCUGCAGACUUGGGUUCUAAACCACUACCGAAUGGUCCAGCUGGGAAUAAUAGAUCAAGUGGUCAUGUCGUAUGGUGGACUCCGUGGUGCUGUUGCCUUUGCUUUGGUAGUAACCCUGAACAGUAAAGAUGUCGCAGAAAGAAACCUGUUUGUCAGCACAACAAUCAUUGUUGUGUUUUUUACUGUCAUAUUCCAGGGUUUGACAAUCAAGCCUUUGGUGCAGUGGUUGAAAGUGAAAAAAAGUGAGCAGCGAGAGCCCAAGCUGAACGAGAAGCUUCACGGCAGGGCCUUUGACCACAUUCUUUCGGCUAUUGAAGAUAUAUCUGGUCAAAUAGGACAUAAUUACCUGAGAGACAAGUGGACUAAUUUCGACAGGCAAGUACUCAGCAAAGUACUGAUGAGAAGGUCUGCUCAGAAAAGUAGAGACCGAAUUGUUAAAGUUUUCCGUGAGCUCAACUUAAAGGAUGCCAUUAGCUACGUGGCUGAGGGAGAGCGAAGAGGUUCUCUGGCAUUUAUCCGCUCAGCAAGUAUUGACAACACGGCCAAUGUGGACUUCAGCAUUAUUAAUCAAAUGAAUGGAGAGCCCUCUGUUUCCCAGUUGCUGAGAGAAACUGCCAGUUCUGUGUGUCUUGAUAUGCAAGCCCUGGAGCAGAGAAGAAAAAGCAUCCGAGAUGCAGAGGAUAUGUUCACCCACCAUACUCUACAACAGUAUCUGUACAAGCCCAGGCAAGAGCACAAGCACGUGUACAGCCGCCAUGAACUAUCUACCAACGAAGACGAUAAGCAAAACAAAGAGAUUUUCCACAGGACCAUGAGGAGGCGCCUGGAGUCGUUCAAGAGCACCAAACUAGGCAUGAGCCACCCUAAGAAGAACAAAAUUCACAAGAGAGACCGAGGCCAAAAAAGAAGAAAUAGCAAUGUCAUUCCGAAUGGAAAUCUCUCUUCGGAAGCCAUAAAGGAAAAAGAAAUUGAGUUUUCUGAACCAGAGGAGAAUGAUUAUGACAAUCUACAGACGGGGAGAGCAAUAGAAUUCCUUGCUAAUGUCACCAAGCAGAACUUCACAGAUACAAGUGGCAUUGAUAAUCCAGUAUUUUCAGCUGAUAUCGAACAAAACUCCACCAUGAGGUUUUCGCCUUGGCUCUCCGGAGAAGAGAUGGUGGUGCCAUCCCAACGGGCCAGAGUCCAGAUACCUUAUUCUCCAAACAACUUCCAGCGGAUUGCUCCCAUUCGACUCAGCAAUAGAUCUGUAGAUUCCUUUUUGCAAGUAGAUGGCCCUGAGGAGCGGUCUCGAAGUUUCCUCCCAGAAUCAACACACAUGUGACCCAACCCUUGCUGUGAUGAUGUCAGGACAUUCCUCAGAUGAAAUGCUCCCUCCUUGGGAAUACGAACAAACAAAAUCGGAUUUUGUUAUCGGAGAAACGCCUCAGCUUAGGUCCAGUGUGCCUUAAGGGCCUUGGCAACGAGACUACACACCUCUGGAAGGCAGGGACGU